AUGGGUCGUCGGAUCCGAGUCCAGCGUAAAGGAGCUGGAGGUAUCUUCAAGUCGCAUAACAAGCAUCGUAAGGGAGCUGCUCAGCUGCGACCUCUUGACUAUGCUGAGCGUCACGGCUAUAUCCGUGGUGUCGUCAAGGACAUCAUCCACGAUCCUGGACGUGGUGCCCCUCUGGCCAUCAUUGCUUUCCGCGAUCCAUGCAAGUAUAAGACCGUAAAGAGCACCGUUGUUGCUGCUGAAGGAAUGUACACCGGACAGUUCGUGUAUUGCGGCUCGAAAGCUAGCGUUCAAGUUGGAAAUAUCGUACCUGUUGGAAGCCUCCCAGAAGGAACCACCAUCUGCAAUGUUGAAGGAAAGUGUGGUGACAGAGGAAAGCUGGCAAAAUGCUCUGGUAACUACGCAACCGUGAUUGCCCACAAUCCCGAGACCAAGAAGACCCGUAUUCGUCUCCCUUCUGGAGCGAAGAAAGUCAUCCAGUCAGCCAACCGUGCCAUGAUUGGAUUGGUUGCUGGUGGUGGUCGUACUGAUAAGCCUAUGCUCAAGGCUGAACGUGCCUACCAUAAUAAGGCCAAGAGAAACAGUUGGCCACGAGUAAGAGGUGUUGCCAUGAACCCCGUUGAGCUUCCCCACGGAGGAGGUAACCAUCAACAUAUUGGUCAUCCCUCAACGGUCCGAAGAGACGCAAGUGCAGGAAAGAAGGUCGGUCUCAUCGCUGCCCGUCGUACUGGAAGAAUUCGUGGAGGAAAGCCAGUCAAGAUCACCAAGGAAGAGGCUGUUUAA